UCUGGGCUGGCAGAGUAAGGUAUGGCGAGCGUGCACGAACAUUUGCGCAAAUGAGAUGUUUCACCGCCUAUCUCCUUCCGAGACUCACGUGACAGAUCUGCUGCUUAUCUUGAGUCCAAAGCACACUUCUGCUGUUUUCAGUACAAUUUUUUACAGGCAAUGGAUUCAAAUGUUGACCGACAACUGGGCGUCAAGCCCACCUUCGCCCGAAUGGAUUCGCACCAGAACGAGUUUGUAUAUCACAACUUUGAUUGUCCACCUGUGAUUUCAACGGCACUUCACAGUCCAUCACCCAUGAGCCGAACCCGGGGUCUCCACCUGCUCAGCCUUCCCCGCGAAAUUAGAGAUCAUAUCUAUUCCUACCUGCACCAGCCACUGCAGCUAAGAUGGGAACUCAACAAACACAACAUUCACUGCGUAGCGAUCAAAGUGCCUAAGGCUCCAAUCUCAGCUGUGUUUCAAACAUGCACACGUUUGCAUGACGAAUACCGAGAGUCGCGUCUGUUGCGUACAUUUGCUGCAACAAUAACAACAACACGAGCAACGAACCACGAGACUACCGCUUCAACCAAUCUGCAGUGUCAUGCUGUUGAAGGAUCAGUGAUCAUGCACGUCGAGCCAGCACCGAUUGAUCAUGUCGCAAAUCUACUGGCAUCAAUAAGAGAUAUUACCAUAUUGAUGGACAACAAGCGCUCAAUGACCGAAGACUCUACAAUAUGGAACGAAUUGCGAACACUCGAAUCACUGCUAUCUCCCUUUCACCAAACACUGUCCACCAUCCGAAUCGGCAUCCACCAGUGGCAGGACCCCCAUCCACUACAAAUGAACUCCCGGCGCGAAACAAAAGCCUACGCAGACCCGACUCUCAGCACAUCAUCAUUCAUGCCAACGCCAAACACCACAUUCAUGGGCAGACCACUCGUCCAACAAGCAGCUAGCUACCGUCUACAACUCGUCCUUCUCCGACUCCACCCAUCAGAUCAGAAAGACCUACUUGAGCGCUUCCACCGCCACAGGACCGGCGUUUAUGUCUACAGCAAUAAGCCGUCCCUGCGACUUGCCAAGGACGGCUUGUACUGGAAGAAGGAUGAAACUGUGCGAUCGUUUCCGAUGAAUUGUAGUUGGUUCAAUAUGCAGAGAUCGAUGAAUUUGAACCUCAGGGAUCGGUUUGAUGCUUUUGGCGUUACGGAUGCGUGGAUUCAGAGAGAGUAUGGGCCGAAUGCAAGAAAGAUGAUGGAGUGGCGGGAGAAGAGGGGAUCGGAUGCUGUUGAGUGGGAGGCGUGAUUGUUGCUGGUCAGCGAAGUGAGUUUGGGAGUCAUUCAAUUCUAUGCGCAAAGGUAUUUCGUAGAUGUAAUGUUUUUUUUUCACUGUAGACUUUUGUUCGAAUUAGACCAAGCCUGACUAGACAUAGAAUUGUAUCUUGAGGGCUUUGAGCACCAAUUUCUACUUGACAAAUCUUCUCAAAACUACUUCACCUGCACUCAAAACCACCAUUCUACCAGGCCAAGCUGACUGCUUCCAGCUCACUUUUGAGUAUUCCAAAAUCGUAAGCCUCUCAUUGGCAAUCAUCGAUGUCCAGAAGCGUUCGAAUACCUCCGGCCUGUGACUACCAAAUCAUGAAUGCAAGGUAUCAUUCGGCCCCAAACCCUCCCAUUCAGCACCCAAAGAGUAGCGCGUGUCGUUUUUGGCUUCCACAGCGGACCUGUAACCUGCCGCUCAUGUCUCGUCUAAGUUGGGUCUCAUCACCAAUCUUCCUCUUCC